AUGAUUGUGAUCCAGAAUGUGGGGCCCAGUUCCCCAGCUAGGAUUAGGAGGCCGGUGUUGAAAAGGAGUGUGUGGGGGCUCCUCUUGGGGCUGAUGGUCCUUGUCUAUGGCUCCCAUGCGCCACUCAUCACUCUCACCAAGGUGGACGGCCGGGUCCCUUUCAGUGCCUCAUCAUGUGUCGUAAUGAUCGAGCUAUUCAAACUCCUGAUCUCUCUGGUGACUCUGGUUUCCACUGGAGGAACAUCCGCCUUACAUGCUGCUCCACCUCUGGCCUGCGUAGCCCCCUAUGCGGUCCCUGCCGUACUCUACGCCCUCAACAACAACCUGGUAGUUGUCAUGCAGGCUUACAUGGACCCAAGCUCGUACCAGGUCCUCUCCAACCUGAAAAUUGCCUCCACGGCGCUGCUGUACUCCCUCUGCUUGGGCAAGAGGCUGCGGCCUUCUCAGUGGUUGGCUGUGGGGCUCCUCCUGAGUGCAGGGGUGUGUCACAGCUACAGCAGCCUGGAUCCAGGGGACUCCGAGAGGGCCUCAGCCGAGGACGGCCCCGGGCUUCACAUCACAGCGUGGGGGCUCCUCCUUGUGCUGGUGUACUGCUGUGUUUCGGGGCUCGCGGCGGUUUACACUGAGAGGGUUCUGAAGAGCCAGAAACUGCCCCUCAGCUUGCAGAAUCUCUACCUCUAUGGGUUUGGUGUGGCGAUCAACGGCGUCUCCUCCUCCUUUGUAGCAGGGGAAAAGGGCUUCCUGGAGGGAUACUCUGGGGUGGUGUGGGCCAUUAUAGCCGGCCAGGCAGCUAACGGCCUUCUGAUGUCCGUGGUGCUCAAGCACGGCAGCGGGAUCACCAGGCUGUUCGUCAUUUCCUGCUCCAUGCUGGUCAACGCUCUGUUGUCUUGGGCCGUUUUGGGGCUGCAGCUCACGCCUUUCUUCCUCCUUCCGGUGUCUAUGAUUGGAUUGGCGGCUUUCAUGUACUACAGAUAGUUAAUCGCAGAAUCACAGGGUCCAUUGAACUCAUUGCAGAAUGUACUCAUUUGUUUUGUAGUUUUCCAGAUGUGAUUUGUUUUUUUUUAUACUAUAUCUGCCGACCUUCUGAACUCGGGCCAUAUUUGCAUAUUAUGUGGGAACAUUUGUCAGCUGAGCUCUGCUUCGGUGAUUCAACAAUUUUUAAAUUGAAUUCCCAAUUUCCUCUCACUGAUGCAAGUAAAUACAAAUAAAUCAGAAAUAUAUAUAUAUAUAUGAGAUCUUGACGCCUG